AGAUAUAAUUGAAUCACAAGCUAAGAAAACAAAUCGAAAAAAAAACAUAAUUAACAAUAACAAUACGUCAAUUCUUGUGCUACAUUUUAUCGUAUCUAUCGAGCCUACAAUCUUAAUAAUAAGCGUGGAAAUUUUCUCAAAAUAGCUCAUCUUGAGAAAGAAUUUCUCAAAUCUCCUAGUCCAAUAGUCAUUCAUUGAUUUUAUUUUAUUCUGUGAGCAAUGUUUUGAUGCGAUAUGCCAUUUUUUAUUAUCUAAAUUAUACAUUAUUUUUAUUCAUGUCAAAUGUCCGAUUACAACAAUGUCAAAUAAAGUAUUGAAAACUAAUCAAACUGUUGUUUUGCAUCUCUCCUUUCCUCAGAACUUGACUAUAUUUUUCCGCGCAUUAUUUUACAGACUCUAAUUGAAUGUGAGUAUCUCUUCGGCUGUCGUUUACAAAAGCUGCGAGCAGGUACCACGUGACACGCGAGUUGGACAGCAGCAGACGACAGCGAGUUGAACUUCUUGCUAUUCAUUCAACGCAACGCCGUGCCCGCGUACAUAAUUGCAAGCAAAAUUAAACAAGCUCGCGCUCGAAUUGUUUGGCACUGGUACAUUGUUGAGGGAUCUAGAAUAAACUAGUAAUAAUUUGUAUUUCUUGGACUUUGCAGCCGGUCAGCGAAUUCGCGCUUUUAUAACAACAUUAAAUGUUGAGACUUUUGGCACCGAAAGUAUUGGGUUAUAAUUCGGUUUGCAAACAACUGCUUCGCAACAUGACCGAUUCGUCAAAACCGAUCGAGUCGGUAAUAAGACAAAAAUUGAAGGAAGCUUUUUCACCCACGCAUAUGGACGUAAUCAAUGAGUCCUACAUGCAUAACGUUCCCAAAGGCGCCGAAACGCACUUUAAAGUUGUCGUUGUUUCGGAUAAAUUUACAGAUUUAGCCCUUCUCAAAAGGCAUCAAAUGGUUAACUCUUUGUUGAGCUAUGAGUUACAGCAUGGUGUACAUGCUUUAUCUAUAGUUGCCAAAACUCCUAGUCAAUGGAAUGACUCAGAUAAAAUUGUCAAACCCAGUCCUAACUGUAGAGGUGGAUUUGGUAAAUAGUUUAUAAGAUCAAAAAUCUGUACAUAAUUCUAAUGUAAAUAUACCAAAAAAUAUUUCAAUAACAACAGAGCAUUUUAAUAUCAAGAAAAUUUUACAAAAAGUUCAUCCUCAUGCACAAUACAUUGUUACAUAAAAAUAA